AACAUGACUUAAAAAAAGAUGUCAAUUUGAUAUAAGUUUUUGGAUUUUGGAUCAUCUCUAAGCAAUCUCCCUUUAAAGAGGUUAUCGUGAAGCUCAAUAGUCACGAAAUCGACUGCUGUCCAUUCCAUUUCUUUUGGUGUGUUCUUUGUUGAAGAUGGAAAGAACACAUGAGGAUAGCAGCAAUGGUUUAAUCCGUGUUCUCUUUUGUGGGUCUCAGUUUGCUAGUUCUCAUAAUUAUACCAGAGAAUACUUGGAAAAGUAUCCGUUCGUUCAGGUUGAUGUUGUUCCAUCUGAAGAUGUACCUAAAGUUAUUAGUAACUACCACAUCUGUAUUCCUAAAAUGAUGAAGUUUGAUUUUGAUUUGAUCUCUCGAGCAACCCACAUGAAGCUCAUAGUGCAGUUCGGUGUUGGCCUUGAUGGUGUGGACGUUGAUGCUGCCACAAAAUUUGGAAUCAAAGUUGCGAGGAUACCGAGUGGAGUAACUGGAAAUGCAAUGUCAUGUGCAGAAAUGGCUAUAUACCUAAUGUUAGGCCUUCUUCGCAAGCAGAAAGAGAUGCAGAUUGCAGUUGACCAUAGAAAGCUUGGAGAGCCAACUGGAGAUACACUCCUUGGAAAAACAGUUUUUAUCUUGGGCUUUGGGAACAUCGGUCUGGAAUUAGCUAAGCGCUUGCGCCCAUUUGGUGUAAGAAUUAUUGCCACAAAACGCAGCUGGACAGAAAAUUCUAGCCAGUUGAAUGGUGCAAGUGAUGAUCUUGUUGAUGAGAAAGGUGCUCACGAGGACAUUCACAAAUUUGCCAGCAUUGCAGACAUUGUUGUUUGUUGUUUGUGUCUCAAUAGUGAAACUGUCGGUGUCGUGAACAAGUCAUUCUUAUCUUCGAUGAGAAAGGGUUCACUUUUGGUAAACGUUGCUAGAGGUCGUCUCCUGGACUAUCAGUCCACUUUACAUUCCCUUGAGUCUGGUCACUUAGGUGGCUUGGGCAUUGACGUUGCUUGGACUGAGCCAUUCGACCCCAAUGACCCUAUUUUGAAGUUCAAUAAUGUGAUCCUCACUCCUCAUGUUGCUGGAGUUACCGAACACUCUUAUCGGUCCAUGGCUAAGGUUAUAGGGGAAGUUGCCCUUCAAAUUCAUGCUGGAUCUCCCAUGACAGGGAUCGAGUUUGCCAAUUAAUUUGUUCCACCUGACCAGCCAGUACAGAAUAAAAAAUUAUUGUCCUUUAGAACAGUUUCUUCUAAUUACAAUAAUAACAAAAUGUUUCUGAAACUCCAUUCCCAUUGAGUUGUCAUGUGUGUAUACUGAUAUCGCUAUGUCGAUCACCUCGAUGACCGCCAACCGCCAAGACUUCCAUUGUCAUCUCUGUUGUUUUUUCUUUGCUGUCCACAUUCUGUAGGGAACUGCUUCCUGUGUUUCGUUUUCGAAGUGUUGUGAGAUUAUGCAGGAACAAUGGGGUGCUCGGGAUUUAUCAAAUUUUGGAUUCACAAGAAAAAAAAACAAGAGAACUGGGGUGGAUAGGAAUGAAGUUCCAAGGUUUCCCCCUGUUUCCUGUUCUAAUCAAUAUGUAGUUUACUUUUGGAAUAAUAAUUCUAGAACUAUGGUAGUUUAGUUCAAAA